GUGGACAUAAAGCAACGUGCUCGUACUUGUAAGUUCUCAAGGAUUUCUUCUGUUACAAACUGGGAGUGGGGAUGCGAGUUCUGAAGCAGAUGCUCCAGCAAAUGAAAGCAUAAGCAGCGAGUAAUGAUGUCAAGACAUAGGGAUGGUGGUCCACCUCAGCUCCUCGAGACGACUCACUCCUAACACAAUCACACGGUGGGAAGCAUGAAUUGCGCAGCUCCAGCACAUUUCCAUUCAGUCAGGCUGGUGCUUUCCACAGGCAGGAAAAGGCUGCUUCCUCUCCUCUAUCCAUGAGUGCAGGUCUUGCACACACACUAACAGAAGCCAUCUAAUCAGCUGUAAAGUUUGAUCCAGGAAUGACUUGUCUAUUUCAAGGAUGAUAACGGCAGAGUGGGAGUCAGAGGGACUACAAACCGUGGGGAUAGUGAUGAUUAUUUGUGCUUCUCUAAAGCUUUUACAUUUGUUGGGACUGAUUGACUUCUCCGAAGACAAUGUGGAAGAUGAAUUGGAGAUGGCAACAGUGCGGCAUCGCCCCGAGGCCCUUGAGCUGCUCGAAGCACAAAGUAAAUUCACAAAGAAGGAACUGCAGAUUCUCUACAGAGGAUUCAAGAACGAAUGUCCCAGUGGGAUUGUUAAUGAAGACAACUUUAAAGAUAUUUACGCGCAGUUCUUCCCACAGGGAGAUGCUUCGAAUUAUGCACGCUUUCUAUUUAACGCUUUCGACACAGGCCACAAUGGAUCUGUGAGUUUCGAGGACUUUAUAAUGGGUCUCUCUACACUGCUACGAGGGACAGUACAAGAAAAGCUUAACUGGGCUUUUAAUUUAUAUGACAUCAAUAAAGAUGGCUAUAUAACUAAAGAGGAAAUGCUUGACAUCAUGAAGGCAAUUUAUGACAUGAUGGGCAAAUGUACUUAUCCCCUUGUAAGGGACGAUGCGCCAAAACAACACGUGGAGAAUUUCUUCCAGAAAAUGGAUAUAAAUAAAGAUGGAGUAGUUACUAUAGAUGAAUUCAUAGAAAGCUGCCAAAAAGAUGAAAACAUCAUGUGCUCUAUGCAGCUGUUUGAGAAUGUGAUCUAGCACAAGCAGAACAGACAUUUUAUCUAUUUUGGACAAUAAUUUGGAGCUGCGAUUUCCAUGGUGUCAUCAAUAGACUGUUCAGCUUCAUACAAAGUCAUAUCUUAUGCAAAGUAGCUUUUAUAUGAUGCCUUCCAGAAUAAUCAGGUUCCAUAACAUAUAGUGUUCAGGAUUUAAUUUUCAUGCUUUAUAUCUUCAACAAUUGAAAGGUAUUGUUUGACGUUCUGCUCUUCUUGGGUUACAGUCUCGAGCCAAUGUUAGCAUUUUCUUAUUCCAUUGUUACUUAUUGU